CCUUUGUCUACGUCCUUAUUUGCAAGAAACACCAAAUUACCCAUCGUUCCGACCAAUCAGCCAUGUAUAUGUGCGAUCAAUAUCAUCAAGCGAAGCUGGCGGCGUCCCGUCUGCGGUCCCGCGUCGCUGAAGGAUUCCCGCGAUGAGACCUUCAACGAAUUGAAGGCAUCAAACAUGAGUUCUCAUCAUUCGGGAUGAUAACUACCUUUUUAUCAAAUAGUCUCAUCACAAAACCAUCUUUCAAUCGAAUCUCACCGCGCAUUUCCUCCCAAAUUUCACCUCGACUUAUCAUUUCACCCAGCUUCGACAUCACACACAUCCAGCAAUGUCUCAACACACAAUCUUCGUCAGCGGCGCAACAGGCACAGUGGGCGGCUCAGUCGCACGAAACCUCCUCGCCGCCGGCAUCGCCGUCCACGCCCUCGCCCGCAACCCAGACUCAUCUGCCGCCAAAGCCCUCUCCUCCCUCGGCGCCUCCCUCACCCCGGGAGGCUACGACGACGAAGGAGUUCUCGAGGAGGCGAUGAAAGGCAUCACGGGGGCCUUUCUGAACCUGAUGCCCGAUUUCGUCGACCACACCUGGGAACUUAAGACGGCAAAGCGCAUCAUGACCAUUGCCAAAGCAGCAGGCGCCACCCACUUCAUCUACAGUAGCAGCUUCUGUGUAGACGCUCCCCAGAAGCUCAAGUACUGGGACCCGGAAAGUUUCACCGCCAUGGUCCUUCUCUCAAAGCAGGCCGUCGAGAACGAGGUCCGAAAGGCGGGCUUCGAGCACUGGACCAUUCUGCGGCCCGGUAACUUUACGGCGAAUUACAUCCUCCCAAUUGUUGCCGUGUACCCGGAUCUUGCCAAGAAAGGGCGCUUCGUUACAGCUCUGACGCCUGAGACGAAGCUGCCGACGGUGGACCCGAAUGAUAUUGGACAGUUUGCGUUGGCGGCGUACCAGGAUCCUAUCAAGUUCAACACUCAAGAGAUUGCGCUUGCGUCGGAGCUGCUUACCGCCGACAAUAUCAUGGGGAAACUUGCGAAGUUUACGGGGAAGGACAUCAAGGCUGUGUAUCUCUCUGAUGAGGAGGUUGAGGCGCAGAAGCGAGGGAAUCCGUUUUUGGCUGGACAGUUGGCUAUGCGUGAUAUGGAUCAGUUUGCUGAUAUCGAGGGGGCAAAAAGCUGGGGAGUCCCUUUGGGGACCUUUGACGGGUAUCUGGAGCGGGAGAAGGAAAAGGUCAACGAGACGUAUGGACAUCUUGCAUAGAACUUUGUAGGUUGACUCUUCCACGGGCUUCAAAUGAGAGGAACGAGGACAGGGUACCAGAACCACGAGUCGAUAGGAUAUAUCAAACAUCACCCAAUAUUAAACCCCCAAGCCUCGCC